AUGGAGGAUGUGCUGGAGCAGCUCAUACAAGAAGAAAUAUUAGAUGAAUUCGAUAGAAAAAAAGACACGAGCCGUUUUGGUGUUAGCCGGCCCACAGGCGGCACCGCCCCCCCGCUGAGUUCGUUUGGGGGUGUAUUUGUUGAUGCUGCUGCUGCUGCUGCAGCAGCAGCAGCAGCAGCAGCAAACAACAGAAAAGGGAUAUUCUUUCUGCCUUCAGCACUCUCUCGUGAUUUUGAUUCUGCUGCUGCACAUGUACCUGCACUGUCUCCAGCAGCAGCAGCAGCAGAGGGCUCACCUGUCUCUCAAGAGACAGGCGGAAGCGCCAGUUCUGCUGCAUCUGCUGCUGCUGCUGCUGCUGCGGAUGCUGUUCCGGGGACGGCAGGGAGUCUGGGGACAACGCCUGCAAGCACUGCAUCAGCAGCAGCAGCAGCAGCUACUGCUGCUGCUGCUGCUGCUGCUGCUGCUGCACACACACCGCCCCGGUUUGGGUUUGCAGAUGUUGCUACGGCUCCAGCUGCUGCUGCUGCUGCUGCUGCGGAUGCUGUUCCGGGGACGGCGGGGAGUCUGGGGACAACGCCUGCAAGCACUGCAUCAUCAGCAGCAGCAGCAGCAGCUACUGCUGCUGCUGCUGCUGCUGCACACACACCGCCCCGGUUUGGGUUUGCAGAUGUUGCUACGGCUCCAUCUGCUCUCGAGUCUUCUGCUGCUGCUGCUGCUGCAGCAGCAGCAGCAGCAGCAGCAGCAGCAGAGGGCUCACCUGUCUCUCAAGAGACAGGCGGCAGCGCCAGCUCUGCUGCAGCAGACUCAGCCGGCGGCGCGUACAUGUAUUCUUCGCAGCAGCAGCAGCAGCAACAGCAGCAGCAGCAGCAGCAGCAGCAUGGAUACAAACACACGAGGGAGGCUGCUGCUGCAGCACAGGCAGCACCACGACACAGCCGCAGCAGACAGCUGCUGCAGCAGCUCGAUGCUGCUGGCCGCUAUCUGACGCGGCGCUGCUUCUCGCAGCCCUUUGUGCAGCAGCAGCAGCAGCAGCAGCAGCAGCAGGCGCAGCAGCAAGAAGAAAAUGCAAAGGGAGACGAUAUGCUGCAGCAGCAGCAGCAGCAGCAGCAGCAGCAGCAACCUUUCCGCAGCAGCACUAUGGUUGAUGAUGCGGUGCAGCAGCAGCAGCAGCAGCAGCAGCAGCAGCAGAGGGCUCACCUGUCUCUCAAGAGACAGGCGGAAGCGCCAGUUCUGCUGCAGCAGACUCAGCAGGCGGCGCGUACAUGUAUUCUUCGCAGCAGCAGCAGCAGCAACAGCAGCAGCAGCAGCAGCAGCAGCAGCGCAGCAGCAAGAAGCAAAUGCAAAGGGAGACGAUAUGCUGCUGCAGCAGCAGCAGCAGCAGCAGCAGCAGCAACCUUUCCGCAGCAGCACUAUGGUUGA